UUGUAAACUCACAAGUGUUUAAACCUAACAAUUAUGGGUUCAGAAACUCCACUUAAACUUCCUUUCAUCGAUUUCACAAAUUUAGACCAAAACACAAAGAAUGAUGAUUGGAAUUCAACGAAAACACAAGUCCACCGAGCCCUUGAAGAAUUUGGUUGCUUCGAAGCAACCUUUGCCAACAUCCCAACGGAUCUCCAAACGUCUGUGUUUGAUUCAUUGCAGGAACUUUUUGAUCUUCCUUUGCAAACCAAACUCAAAAACCGUUCGACGAAGCCCUUUCAUGGGUACGUCGGUCAAUACCCGAUGGUGCCACUGUACGAGAGCAUGGGCAUUGACGACGCACCCAUUCCUGAUAAGGCUGAAAGCUUCACCAAGAUAUUGUGGCCGGAAGGCAACCCCAAAUUUAGCAAACCUAUACAAGAGUUCUCAGAGAAACUAUCGAAACUGGACCAAAUGGUGAGAAUAAUGAUCUUGGAGAGUUUGGGAUUAGAGAAAUACAUGGACGAACAUAUGGGUUCAACAAAUUAUUUACUUCGGGUCAUGAAAUACAAAGGACCCGAAACAAACGACUCCAAACUCGGACUCAAUUCUCAUACAGACAAGAACAUAGUCACAAUUUUACAUCAAAAUCAAGUUGAUGGAUUGGAGGUGCAAACCAAAUCUGGAAACUGGAUCAAAGUUCAACCAUCACCUAAUUCCUUCAUUGUCAUGAUUGGUGAUUCCCUCUAUGCAUGGACGAAUGGGCGAUUGCAUUCGCCGUAUCAUCAGGUGAUGAUGAGUGGGGACAAAGCAAGGUAUUCUCUUGGAUUGUUUUCAAUACCGAAAGCUGGGUAUGUGGUUAAAGCCCCACCGGAGGUUGUGGAUGAAGAACACCCAUUAAUCUUCAAGCCGUUUGAUCAUGUUGAGUUCCUUCAGUUUUACUACACUGAGGCUGGUCAACGAGCCCAGUCUGCUCUCAAGACUUAUUGUGGUGUCUAAAAAUCCUACAUCAGAUCACUUGUUUUUCUGUUGCUUUUCCCUUGUUGUAUGCUCUUCAAUUCAAGUGUCUCGUAUGUGUUUGUUACUGUGUCGUCAAGGUCCUAGAGUUAUUUUACUUCUGUAAUUAUGAAAAGAAUGGCAAGAUGCCAUUCUCUAUUGGCUGGAAUACAAUCUUGUUAAUUAAUCAAAAAGUUUAUUUAAAUUUAUAACAUA